UCUUAUUAUUUAAGUUACAGUUUCAGAGAAACUCCACUACACUCUGUCUCUUUCAGAGAAACUAAACUAAACUCUGUCUGUCAGUGUGAGCAGCGAAAUGGCUGAAGGUGGAGGUUUACUGGAUCAGGACCAGUUCAGCUGUGCGAUCUGUCUGGAUCUACUGAAGGAGCCGGUGGCUAUUCCCUGUGGACACAGUUACUGUAUGGGCUGUAUUAAGGGCUACUGGGGUGAGGAUGAUCAUACUGGUGUCUACAGCUGUCCCCAGUGCAGAGAGACUUUCACCCCAAGGCCUGUUUUAAGAAAAAACACCUUGCUGGCUGAAGUGGUGGAGAAACUGAAGAAGACAGGACUCCAAGCUGCUCCUCCUGCUCACUGUUACACUGGACCUGGAGACGUGGCGUGUGAUGUCUGCACUGGGAGAAAGCACAAAGCCUUCAAGUCCUGCCUGGUGUGUCUGGCCUCUUACUGUGAAACUCACCUCCAGCCUCACUAUGAAUCUCCUGCCUUUAAGAAGCACAAACUGGUCAAAGCCACUGGAAACCUGCAGGAGAAGAUCUGCUCUCAUCAUGACGAACCGCUGAAGAUUUACUGUCGUACCGAUCAGCAGUGUAUCAGUGAACGCAGAGGCCAUGAUACAGUCUCAGCUGCAGCAGAAAGGGCUGAGAAACAGAAGCAGCUGGGGGUGACACAGAGUAAAUUCCAGCAGAGAAUCCAAGAGAGAGAGAAGGAGCUGCAGGAUCUAAGACAGGCUGUGCAGUCACUCAAGCGCUCUGCACAGGCAGCAGUGGAGGACAGUGAGAGGAUCUUUACUGAGAUGAUCCGCUCCAUGAAGAGAAGGUGCUCUGAGGUAAAAGAGCUGAUCAGAGAUCAGGAGAAGGCUGAAGUGAGUCUGGCUGAAGGACUCCUGGAGCGACUGGAGCAGGAGAUUGCUGAGCUGAGGAGGAGAGACGCUGAGCUGGAGCAGCUUUCACACACAGAGGAUCACAUCCAUUUCCUCCAGAGCUGUCAAUCUCUCUGUGUCCCUCCUGGACCUGGAGAAAUACCCAGCAUCACUGUCAGUCCACAUGCCUCUUUUGAGGCUGUGAGGAAAUCUGUCUCUGAGCUGAAAGAGCAACUGGAGGAUGUCUUCAAGGGGGAGUUUGUCAAACUUUCUGGAAAAGUGGGAGAAGUCCAUAUUGUUGGCCCUGAAGAGCCCAAGACCAGAGAGGACUUCUUACAAUAUGCCUGUCAGCUCACACUGGACCCCAACACAGCGAAUAAAAACCUCUGUCUGUCUGAGGGGAACAGAGAGGUGACCUGCGUGGGAGAGAUCCAGUCAUAUCCUGAUCAUCCAGAGAGAUUUGAGUGCUUGUCCCAGGUGCUGUGCAGAGUGGGUCUGUCUGGACGCUGUUACUGGGAGGUUGAGUGCAGUGGAGUUAAUUUCGAUAUAGCAGUGUCAUAUAAAGACAUCAGCAGGAAGGGAGAUGGUCAUGACGCUGAUCUUGGAGGUAAUAACAAGUCCUGGGCUUUGAGCAGCACUCUCCUCGGUGACUCAUUCUGUCACAAUAAUGAGCGCACUGACAUCCCUGCUCCCUCCUCCUCCAGAAUAGGAGUGUACCUGGAUCACAGGGCAGGAACUCUGUCCUUCUACAGCGUCUCUGACACAAUGACCCUCCUGCACAGAGUCCAGACCACAUUCACUCAGCCCCUCUACCCUGGGUUUAAUGUUUUUUCUGGUUCCUCUGUAAAACUGUGUGAUCUGGGUUAAGUCAGAAAGUGAAGGGAAGAUCAGCUGUAACUAAAGAGAGGGAAAAACAGUGAGAUAAAACAGUAAAAUGAGAUAGAAAAUUAAUUAAAUGAAAUAUUGGGCUGGCUCAUUCCACCAAGGGCCGAGUUUUACCUUGAUAUGCAGCUUCACAAACCUGAUUUAAUAAGAUUUGGUGACGUUACAGUUUUGACUCCAUUUUGAUGAUUUAGGAGUGCUUAAUGGAUGAUUUUUGAGACGCCUUUAGAAGUAUUACAUCACUGUACAGGGCGUUUAGUGCUGCAGCACCCAGGCUCUGGAAUGACCUUCCUGGGUGCAACAGGACUUCUGAAUCCAUCCAGUCUUUCAGAACACAGUUAAAACCUGUCUGUUUAGGGAGGCCUAUCACACUGGUCAUCACACAUAGCAUUUCUCUGCUCAUUGACGGUUCUCCUACCUGCUGGUUCCUUGUAAACAUUGUUUUUAUAGCUUGCUCUUGUUUUUACUCUUGCUUUUUGUGUUGCUUCUUGAAUUGUUGUUAAUCUUUUUUUAAUUUAUUAUGUGCAAAUGCAAAGUGCAUACUCACAACCAGGGAAAAGUGUUCUAUUGUUGGGGAAAAUUUACAGAACAAAAAUCUCCAUCCUAAUCUCCCACCUAAAAGCAUGAUAAACAGUCAGUCAAAAUCAGCCUCAACCUUGAUGAGCAGCUGGUUCCUCCAACCCUCUCGAUGAUUUAUGCCAGAAGUGUAUCUAUAUGUAAGUGGCUUAUAAUCACUAAAUCCCAUGUACGCUGCUUGUUAUCAAAUCAAAUGAACCUAGAACAUUAAUUACAGCUGAGCUUAUGAAAACGCAAGAAACCACAGUGAAAACUGUUGAAAUGAGAGCAAAGAAUGCAACAGGCUAAAGAAGUACAUUUACUCACUUAGAAGAGAAUGUUAAUCAAAUGUUUAGUAUGUAUGUAUAUUAGAAAAGAAUAUUAGAAGAGAAUGUUAAUCAAAUGUUUAGUAUGUCUGUAUAUUUUCAAUGAUUCACUGCUGAUAAGUUUGUGUUAGAAGUGCAUAAGUGACCCAUGUGUAAUCCGAAGUACCAAACAUGAUUUUUAUGAUGUGGAAAGUACAUGCUGACCUAUAUGUAACCUGAGUGGAAAAAUACAAAAUUACGUGUUUGUUAAUAAGCAGUUUGCGGGGGCAGGGGCGUCCGGAACUUUGCAUGGAGUUGGCAGAGCAUGGGGACCUAGGGCGAUUUGCCACAAUGAUGUUUGCACCUGUUUUAGGUGGGAGGAGUUAAGAACAGUGUAUACAAUGGGUGUAAAAAUGGCAUUCGAGGUCCAUUUUAUGCGAAACUGGUCCGACUUUAUACAUUUCUGCUAAUAAAGUCUGAUUUUCUUGAAGA